AUGUUGUGUGAGAGGCGGUCACCUACACCAAUAGACCACUCUCACCAUGGUGGUGAUCGAAACCGACAUCUGUUGUGUGAGAGGCGGUCACCUACACCACUAGACCACUCUCGCCAUGAUGGUGAUCGAAACCGACACCGGUUGUGCGAGAGACGGUCACCUACACCACUAGACCACUCCCGCCAUGAUGGUGAUCGAAACCGACAUCUGUUGUGUAAGAGGCGGCCACCUACACCACUAGACCACUCCCGCCAUGAUGGUUAUCGAAGCCGACACCUGUUGUGUAAGAGGCCGACACCUACAACACUAGACCACUCCCACCAUGAUGGUGAUCGAAACCGACAUCUGUUGUGUAAGAGGCGGCCACCUACACCACUAGACCACCCCCGCCAUGAUGGUGAUCGAAGCCGACACCUUUUGUGUAAGAGGCAGCUACCUACACCACUAGACCACUCCCGCCAUGAUGACCACUCUCACCAUGGCGGUGAUCGAUGCAUACACCUGUUUGGUGAGAGGCGGCCACCUUCACCACUAGACCACUUUCACCAUGGUGGUGAUCGAAACCGACAUCUGUUGGGUGAUAGGCGGUCACCUACACCACUAGGCCACUCUCACCAUGGUGAUGAUCGUUACCGCCACCUGUUGUGUAAGAGGCGGUCACCUACACCACUAGACCACUCUCACCAUAGUGAUGAUCGUUACCGCCACCUGUUGUGUAAGAGGCGGUCACCAAGACCACUAGACCACUCUCACCAUGGCGGUGAUCGAAGCCGACACCUGUUUGGUGAGAGGCGGCUACCCUUACCACUAGACCACUUUCACCAUGGAGAUGAUCGAAGCCGACACCUGUUUGGUGAGAGGCGGCUACCUUUACAACUAGACCACUCUCACCAUGGAGAUGAUCGAAGCCCACACCUGUUUGGUGAGAGGCGGCUACCUUUACCACUAGACCACUCUCACCAUGGUGAUGAUCGAAGCCGACACCUGUUUGGUGAGAGGCGGCUACCUUUACCACUAGACCACUCUCACCAUGGAGAUGAUCGAAGCCGACACCUGUUUGGUGAGAGGCGGCUACCUUUACCACUAGACCACUCUCACCAUGGAGAUGAUCGAAGCCGACACCUGUUUGGUGAGAGGCGGCUACCUUUACCACUAGACCACUCUCACCAUGGUGAUGAUCGAAGCCGACACCUGUUUGGUGAGAGGCGGCUACCUUUACCACUAGACCUCAAUGGCAACGUGUAA